CUACUCCGUUCACGGCGGGGCCAGGUAGGGGGAGGAGCCGACGUACGCCCUGAAAGCUCCAUAUUUACUGAGGGCGUAAGCGACUUUCGAGGCUUAUUUCUUGUGCCAAAAUGAAACUGCUUUUUUGCAUACAACUGGGUGAUGUUUAUAUGUUGCACUUUGCUUCAACUUUCGCCUACUUUGGCCUAUUUCGGUCUCUCCCAGACGUACUAUCGGGUCAUUUACGACCUAACAAGGACUCUUCCGGCUAGAACAGCCAAUGAGCAUGCUCGUGUAGUCGGAAAGAAAAAGAAGGCCCCGCCCAUAAAGCCGAAGGUCAGAGUUCAGAGGCUCCGGCUCCGGGGCCAAGAUGGUGGCUGAGGAGAAUCUUCGCGUGGUUCGCAGCGGAGGCAGCAAGUUAAAUUUCCGUAGAGCGGUGUUUUCGGCCGAUUCCAAGUACCUUUUCUGUGUCUCCGGUGACUUUGUGAAAGUAUAUAGCACAGCUACAGAAGAAUGUAUAUAUGUACUGCAGGGACACAGCAAUUUAGUGACUGGAAUCCAGCUCAAUCCUCAAAACCAUCUACAGCUAUAUUCUUGUUCUCUUGAUGGCACAAUUAAGCUCUGGGACUUCAUAGAUGGCAUUCUGAUAAAGACUUUUGUUGUUGGGUGUAAACUCUAUGCCUUCUUUGCAUCUGUCCAUCUUGAGGACUCAGUAUUUAUUAUAGUAAAUAAAGAAAUUCCAGAUGGCUUCCAGUUGGCUUCAUUGAAACUUCCAAAAUCACCAAGCCAAGAAGUAGAAGCUAAAGAGUUAUCAUUUGUCUUGGAUUACAUAAGCCAAUCACCUAAGUGCACUGCCUUUGGAAGAGAAGGCCAGUAUGUUGUUGCAGCUCGAGACUUGUACAUGUCUGUAUAUUUCUUCAAAAAGAAAAAGACAUUUAGGUUUUCCUUGCCUUCAGGAAAUAAGAAGAAUUGCAAUAAUAUCUUUACUUGUAUAGCGUGUCAUCCUAAAGAAGAUUGCAUAGCAUCUGGACAUCAGGAUGGGAGAAUUCGUCUUUGGAGAAAUUUCAAUGAUAAUAAAAACUAUACCUAUACGUCUCUACAUUGGCAUCAUGAUGUUGUUAUGGAUCUUGCUUUUUCAAUAGAAGGCACCAGUCUUUUGAGUGGUGGACGUGAAUCUGUCCUAGUAGAAUGGCGAGGCGGCAUAGAAAAAAAUAAAGAGUUCCUGCCCCGUUUAGGAGGCACCAUUGAACACAUUUCAGCCUCACCAGGAGGUGAUUUGUUCUGCACUUGUCACUCUGAUAACAAAAUUAUGAUCAUUCACCGAAACCUUGAGGUUUCUGCAAUAAUUCAAGGACUUGUGAAAGACAGUGUUGUCAACACUGGUUUGAUGAUUGAUCCAAGAACUAAAGCCCUGGUUAUGAAUGGGAAGCCUGGCCAUCUACAGUUUUACUCUCUCCAAAAUGACAAACAGUUGUACAAUUUAGAUAUCGUACAGCAGGAAUAUGUUAAUGAUCCUGGUCUUGUUCAUAUUGAACUAAUGAAGGCUGCAUUUAGUUCUCAAGGCAACUGGCUUGCAACCGUGGAACAACGACACGAGAAGGAAGCAGAGCUUGAAUUGCAGAUGAAAUUGUGGGAAUUUAAUGAGCAACAACAAGGAUUUAUUCUUAACACAAGAAUCAACAUGCCACAUGAGGACCAUGUAACAGCUCUGUGUUUCUCUGAUACAGAAAAUUCAGAAACUCCUACCUUGGUAACCACCAGUAAAGAUGGCCACUUUAAAGUCUGGAUAUUAACAAAUGACUCAGAUAUAUAUAAACAAGCUAUGGGCUGGACUUGUGAUUUUGUAGGCAGUUACCACAAUUACCAAGCCACAAAUUGCUGUUUUUCUGAAGAUGAGUCUUUGCUUGCAGUUAGUUUUGAAGAAAUAAUAACAAUAUGGGAUUCAGCUACUUGGGAGCUUAAAUGUACAUUUUGUCACCGUCCUGGGAAAAUAAAGAAUCUUUGUUUUGGGAGACAAACUUGUUCUAAAUACCUUCUGGGUACAACUGAAAAGAGUUUUUUGUGCUGUUGGAACCUCCUCACUUGUGCAUUGGAAUGGAGUGUACAGCUCAGUGUUAUAGUUCUGGAGCCUGAUCCCAAUUCAGAUAAUAUUGCUGCAAUGUCUUGGUCUUCAGGGGGUUCAGAUUUAUUUGUGUUUAAACCUAGUGAGCCAAGGCCAUUGUGUAUUCAAAAGAGUAUGUGUAGAGAGAAAGUCCAGUGUGCUGUAUUUGUUCCAAGAGAUGUCCCUGAAUCAUUUAUCUCAGAAGAUUACCAGUGGCUAAACAAAUCCCAGUUUUACUUCUUAAAUGAAUCACAGGAUUUAAUGACAUUCAGUACAAAAUCCCCAGAAGAGAAACUUACACCAUCAAGCAAACAGCUAAUAGCAGAAGAAAGCCUUCCAACAACUCCCUUCUAUUUCCUGAUGGGAAAGCAUAGAAAGCAGCAAGAAACCAAUGAAAUAAUGGAGAAUGAACUCAUUUAUCACCCUUCAGCAGAAGACAUACCUGCCAUCAGUGAGCUCCUUCAAACUCCUGCCCAUGUACUACCAUCUGCCUCUUUUCUGUGUUCCAUGUUUGUUAAUUCGUUAUUAAUAUCCAAAGGUACUAAGAGUGCUGAGGAAAUUCCUGAUGAUAUAGAAAUGGAAAGUGGAAAGGCAACUGAUGACUCAGAUGAAGAAAAUGAUAUUUCUGAAAAAGUCCAGAAGGCAACAAAUGACACAGUUAUAGAGGACGAAAUAAUACCUCAGCUUUCUAAAACUCAAGAAAGAGAAUUAAGAAAACUUAGAAAAGUGGACUACAGUUGGAUGUGUUCUCUUUAACAACACAAAGAGAGACUUUGCACUUUAUUUUUCAUCAUACAGUUACAUCUGUCUUAACAUUAUUCCUUUUAUAAAAUAAAUACCAUAUUUUGGCAGCCUGUACUUUCAGGAGAUGGACCUUUU